CCGGUGAUAAAGACGGCAAAGACAGCGUGGGAACAGUGAUUGGCAUUGAUUUGGGCACCACUUACUCGUGUGUCGGUGUCUUCAAGAAUGGUAGGGUCGAGAUCAUUGCCAAUGACCAGGGUAAUCGGAUCACACCCUCAUAUGUGGCGUUCACCGCUGAGGGCGAGCGACUCAUUGGUGACGCGGCCAAGAAUCAGCUGACCUCUAACCCCGAGAACACCAUCUUUGACGUGAAACGACUUAUUGGUCGCGAGUGGACCGACGUUACUGUUCAGGCGGACGUCAAGUACUUCCCCUUCAAAGUGAUAGAGAAGAGCGGAAAGCCUCACGUGAAGGUCGAGACCGGGAGCGGACAGAAGGUGUUCGCACCCGAAGAAGUGAGUGCAAUGGUGUUGACCAAAAUGAAGGAGACAGCGGAGGCCUAUUUGGGUAAAAAGGUGUCGCACGCUGUGGUCACAGUCCCCGCGUAUUUCAAUGACGCCCAGAGACAGGCCACCAAAGACGCCGGUGUUAUCGCCGGUCUCAACGUCAUGAGGAUUAUCAACGAACCGACCGCUGCGGCCAUCGCUUACGGUUUGGACAAAAGAGAGGGCGAGAAGAAUAUUCUGGUGUUUGAUUUGGGCGGCGGAACCUUCGAUGUGUCGCUCCUG